CCACGCACGCACACAUGCUUGUAGUUGUCCAGCGAAGCCGACGAUGACGUCCACUUCUGCUCUUCAUGGAGAGCUUUCUGGUGGCUGUGAAGUUCUGUGACGGACCCGCAGGUCGUGUAGCAGGUGGGACACGUGUAGGUCUUUCCUGCUUUUCCUGUCUCCCGGCUGUCCAGUCCGCAGACACACACACACACACACACACACACACACACUCUAAGAUGAAACGCAUGCAGGAAUUGUGUCUUGAAAACCAAGGUUUCCUCAGUGAGCAGGAGCGUGGCCGUCACAGCGCUGCAGGCUGCUCCCUCCCUUCCUCGUUCACUCCUCUCCUUCCCGUUUGGAGGGGGGUGUGACGACACUCUGGAGUGAGCGAGCUGAAACCGGUUUCGAGUAUUAGGAAGUGAAAUUCAGACGGGCGUCUGUUUUGAGAGGAGAAAUGUCUCAGCUGGACUUGGAGACCUUCUCCUGUUCCGUCUGUCUGGACCUCCUGAAGGACCCGGUGACUAUUCCCUGUGGACACAGCUACUGCAUGAGCUGUAUUAACACCCACUGGGAUAAAGAGGAUGAGAAGAACCUCCACAGCUGCCCUCAGUGUAGGCGGACCUUCAUUCCGAGGCCUGUCCUGGUGAAGAACACCAUGUUAGCAGAUCUGGUGGAGCAGCUGAAGAAGAGUGGACACCAAGCUGCUCCUGAUCCUGAUCACUGCUAUGCUGGACCUGAAGAUGUGGCGUGUGAUUUCUGCACUGGGAGGAAGCUGAAAGCCGUCAAGUCCUGUCUGGUGUGUCUGAUCUCUUACUGUGAGAAACACCUUCAGCCUCAUUAUGAAUUUCCUGCCUUUGAGAAACACAAGCUGGUGGACCCCUCUAAGAAGCUCCAGGAGAACAUCUGCUCUCGUCAUAACGAGAUGAUGAAGAUCUUCUGUCGUACUGAUCAGCAGAGCAUCUGUUAUCUUUGCUUUAUGGAUGAACAUAAAGACCACGACACGGUCUCAGCUGCAGCAGAAAGGACUGAGAGGCAGAGAGAGCUGGAGGUGAGUCGACUCAACAUCCAGCAGAGAAUCCAGGACAGAGAGAAAGGUGUGAAGCUGCUUCAACAGGAGGAGGAGAAAAUCAAUCUCUCUGCUGAUAAAGCAGUAGAGGACAAUGAGAAGAUCUUCUCCCAGCUGAUCCGUCUCAUCGAGGAAAGAAGCUCUGGUGUGAAGCAGCAGGUCAGAUCCCAGCAGAGAGCUGAAGUGAGUCGAGUCAAAGAUCUUCAGGAGAAGCUGCAGCAGGAGAUCUCAGAGCUGAAGAGGAGCGACGCUGAGCUGCAGGAGCUCUCACACACAGAAGACCUCAACCAGUUCCUACAAAGGCACUCCUCUCUCUCAAAACCCCGAGAAUCCACACAGCUGCCCAGCGUCAAGAUCCGUCCUCCGAGCUACUUUGAGGACGUGACGGUGUCUGUGUCACAAGUCCGAGACAAACUACAGGAGCUCCUGAAGGACAAAUGGCCCGAGGUUCUCAGAACAGUGACGGAGGUGGACGGUCUCCUGCCCCAACAGCUGAGGACCAGAGAGGAGUUCUUGCAGUACGCAUAUCAAAUGACACUGGAUCCAAAUACAAGUAAUUCAGGGAUGGUUUUAUCGGAGAAGAGACGUAAAGUAACAGCAAGGCUUCCUUCCUUACAAGUUGACAAAUCCCCGGGUAGAUUUACUUCCUACCAGAUCCUGAGCAGAGAGAGCAUGACCGGACGGUGUUACUGGGAGGUGCAGUGGGACGCUCGCGUCACAAUAGCCGUCGCAUACCAGGAUAUGAGAAGAUCAGGGAUGAAAAAGGAAUGCACAUUUGGACACAAUGACAAGUCCUGGGCCUUGUACUGUCUGCCUGACUGUGAAUUCAGACACAAUGACACCCGCACUCCGAUCGAAGGCAAGUCGUCCCACAAGGUGGGAGUGUUCCUGGAUCACACGGCGGGCGUCCUGUGUUUUUACAGCGUGGGUGAAACCGUGACCCUCCUCCACCGAGUCCAGACCACCUUCACGCAGCCCCUCCACGCCGGAAUCGCCCUCCAUUAUUACAGAGGAGACAACGCCACGCUGUGUGAGCUCCAGUAGGAUUGGUUAAGUUUAGCAUUUUUGUUUUCUUUCAGAGAAAUCGGAUAAUUAAGUCUUUAACAAUCAAAGUCGUUGUUGCUCAGCAUUUAUUUGUUUUUUUGUUUGUAUGUGGAUUUGUUCAUUGAAAACUGAGUCCUACAGUUUCACAGUGCAGCCACCUUUACGUGUAUCUGCCGGGCUGAAGCGUCUUUUAAGGAGCAACGGCAGUGUAACUGAUUAUUUAAUGGUUCUAGUUUGUGGGUCAAGGGAACAUGGAAAAUCAAUAAAGGAUUUAUCUGGAAAACAAAUGCAAAUAAAAUGAUGAUUAAGACA